AUGAACAAACUUUGCGAGCAUGAAUUAGAUGAACUGGAUGUGUUCGAGGCUACACAGUAUUUCUACGGUGAGGUCGAGGCUGGUGGAUUGAUUGGCUUACAUGGUCCCAGCUUGGCAGCUGAAGAGAGGGAGGAGGAGUCGAGUGGAGUCCAACAGAGAAAAGUAGAUGAGGGGCUGGUGAUUGGAAGCAGUAGUUCGUUAUCAUCGAUGGUUAAGGACAAGAGGUGGAAGCAACCUCGGUCUCCUGGUGCCAAGCUUGUGAGCUAUCUCAACCAUUUCUUCAAUCGAGUCGCUUCCAGCAGGAAGCUCAAGUGCUUGAAUCCCAGCACGAGCACCAGGGAAGAAGAAGAAGAAGCUAAGGAAGAAGACAAAUGGAUGCAGAAAAGCCUUGCGGCGCAGAGUGAGAGUAGUAGGAGUAGAAACAACACCUUUCCCUCUCGAAGAAGCAAGAGCAGCUUUGGUUCCAAACCCAGCAAUUUCUGUGGCAGCAGCAGCUUUGCGAGCCCCAACAGCCAAAAGGGGAUCGCCGAGAGUGAAUUUGAGACAUGGGGAAGCAGACUCGGUGGUGCUAGGGUUGAGAGUAGGUGGGUGCUUAAGCCUGGUAGUGAAGACCACCACCUCACAAGAGAUUGGUUCCAUCAAGGCCACAAGUUGCCAUUUUCAAGGGCAGCCAAAGAGUUUACUCAUUUUGGCAGGGUUAGGAGAGAGGAGAUCAAUGGUGAUGAUGAUGACGAUGAAGAUCUCUUCGAACUGAAGGAUAUUUAUACCCAAGAAGACCUCUCAGAUGGCUUGCCUGUCUUUGCAACUACAAGUAUUGCAGUUACCAAGACGAAGACAACAAUAUCAAGCACACCCUAG